AUGGCAGCAACAACGUUAGAAGAUAAGGCGAUUUGGGAUGAUGGCGAUGGUGUCAAUAAAGAUUCAUACUUGAUUUUAGAGACUCUACCUCAAGAGUAUGACUCUAGGGUAAAAGCUAUGGAAGUGGAUGAUCGGCCAACUGAGCAGUACAGUGACAUUGGAGGACUGGAUAAACAGAUACAAGAGUUAAUUGAAGCAGUUGUGCUACCAAUGACCCAUAAAGAGAAGUUUGAAAACCUAGGAAUUCAACCUCCCAAAGGUGUUCUUUUGUAUGGACCUCCUGGAACAGGGAAGACCUUAAUGGCAAGAGCAUGUGCUGCUCAAACUAAAUCAACUUUUCUCAAGUUAGCGGGCCCACAGUUGGUGCAGAUGUUCAUUGGUGAUGGAGCAAAACUUGUAAGGGAUGCGUUUGCCUUAGCCAAAGAGAAAGCUCCAGCUAUUAUUUUUAUAGAUGAAUUGGAUGCCAUAGGAACUAAGAGAUUUGACAGUGAGAAAGCUGGAGAUCGAGAAGUUCAAAGAACAAUGUUGGAAUUGCUUAAUCAGCUGGAUGGUUUCAGUUCUACUACCGAUAUAAAAGUUAUUGCUGCAACAAACCGUGUAGAUAUAUUGGAUCCAGCUCUUUUACGAUCAGGGCGUUUGGAUCGAAAAAUUGAAUUUCCUGCACCAAACGAAGAAGCUCGUGCUCGUAUCAUGCAAAUCCACUCCAGAAAAAUGAAUGUUGAUCCGGAUGUGAAUUAUGAAGAACUUGCUAGAUGUACUGAUGACUUUAAUGGAGCUCAGUGUAAAGCUGUAUGUGUUGAAGCAGGUAUGAUUGCUUUACGUCGAGGAGGCACUGUUGUUACUCAUGAAGAUUUUAUGGAUGCUAUACUAGAAGUCCAGGCCAAGAAAAAGGCUAACCUUAAUUAUUAUGCUUAAAUGUUUUUCAAGUAUGUUCACUGUAAUAUUGUCUGAAUUGGAUUCAGUAAAUGGUUUUGUUAGAAAUCUUCUGUUCAUAUGUCUUAUUCUUAUUGUAAAGUUGUUUAUAAUUAAAAAUGAACACAAUAAAAACUCCAAGCUACUUUUAUACGUAAAAA